CGUUAGCGCGCACAGCGGAAGUGGGCGAACCGUCUCAAACAGACAUGACGUGUUUGCUAGCGAGCAGCAGCGCGAUGUUUUCCUUAACACGGCAAACAAAACGCCGCUCAUGGAUAUGCUUUUUAUCCCUGGUGGUUUAUUUAACGUCGCUGCCAGUUUCGGCAAAGCCGGGCAGCCUCAGAGAAGUGACCGACGGCAACUGGGAGGAAAUCCUGACGGGAGAAUGGAUGAUUGAAUUCUACGCACCCUGGUGUCCAGCAUGCCAGCAGCUCCAGCCGGUGUGGACGGAGUUUGCGGACUGGGGGGAGGACAUGGGGGUCAACAUAGCCAAGGUGGACGUGACAGAUCAACCUGGUCUGAGUGGGCGAUUCAUCAUCACUUCACUUCCUACUAUUUACCACUGUAAGGAUGGCGUCUUCCGGAAGUACCAGGGAGCUCGCACUAAAGAGGACUUCCUCAGCUUCAUUGAUGAGCAGAAAUGGAAAGCAGUGGAGCCAGUUUCCUCUUGGUUGGGGCCAUCUUCGUUUCUAAUGAAUUCGAUGUCUGCUUUGUUCAAGCUCUCCAUGUUUAUCCGGCGUUGUCAUAACUAUAUGACAGAGCAUCUGGGGAUUCCUGUUUGGGGGUCUUACGUCAUCUUUGGCUUGGCCACUCUGUUCUCUGGCCUUGCACUGGGACUGUUGCUGGUGUUCAUCGCAGAUUUUGUCUUCCCCUCGCGGCGAUUUUCUUCUCCGGAUUACUACCAGAAAAAACAGACAAUGCAGCAGCAGAGGUUGCUCCAACGACAAGAGGAUGAACAUGAGGCCGAUGGUGAGGAAGACGAUGAUGAAGAGGAUGACGAGCAGGAUGGCGACCAGGAUGAUGUCUGGAGUAGGAGAAGAGGAUCUCCAGAGGGCCGUCCAGAACCUAAGGGACAGGCGUUGUCCGAUGAAGCUUUGAGGAAGAGGGUGGUGAGCAAACGUGAGGAGGAGGAGGAGGAGGAGGAGGAUGAGGAGGACACUUAGAGAGUCACGUGGCCCCUACUCGUUUGAGAAGAGCGCCGUGUAGUCAUCAGAGUGGGAGGAGCAUUGGUCCUGAGCAGCAGUGUUUACAGCAGGGAGCCCUAAACUUCCCCCUAACCUCCUCUCUUGCUCCUCCUCCUCCUCUGGGCUCCCAGAAACACCUCACUUCUUUUCUUCUCCUUCCCUUGUUUUCAACAGGAGCGCUUUAGACUCUAACCAUCUGAGCAGCAGGCUCCACCUGGAAAAAGCAAAAACACUCCUGACACCUGUUUUCACUUGUGGAAACAAAUUGCCUGGCUGAGGUUUAGGUAUGAAGUGCAGCAGAGAUGGAAUUUGCAAUGUUGUUUAUGCUAUGCAUCGUUUUUUAAAGAUGUGUGUUAUGUGUUUAUCUCAGAAUUAUUACACAAGGCUUGCGUUUGAAGUUUAUAUUGUAAAAUUUUAUUAUUACUAUAGCUAAUGUAUACAUCCAGUUGGUUAUGUUGCAUAUAUUUUACAAACCUUGACAGUUCAACCCAAUGUAACAGUGUUCACACACCAUUCCACAUUCAGCUCAUAAUGGAGAAAAGAGGGAAAAGAAAUGGCCUCAAGUGUUACAGUUACUUUUGAAAUUAAAGUGGUUACUGUGGUAA